UAAUGUAGAACGGGCUUAAGGUCUAUGAUCUGAUCCAAGUUGCAGAGUUGCUGAGAGUUGCACAUGGUUGCACGAUCACGAUUACAUGUGUGAAAACGUAUGUUGUAAAUUUUUUUGACAAUUAUCAUUUUCUGUUUGGGCAAUUAAACGUUCUUCAGAUAUUGGACUUGGAUUUACAGAAAUCCUAUCAGGGAUUAACUGGGAUUAUUUGAAGAGACAAAAUGGAUACUAUGGAGAGUUUACAGCAAAAAGAAUGCUUUACUUGCUUGACAUGCAAAGUAAAAUUUACAAAUUUGGCCAUAUUCAAGGAUCAUUAUCGUUCUGAAUGGCACAAAUAUAAUAUACGUGUAACUAUUAAUGGAUUGCCUUCAAUCACUCUUGAAGACUUUCAGAAGAAGGAAGCAAUUUAUCGCGAGAAUACUGCAAACCAUACUAAAGGAAAACAUACUUGUAAAGUUUGCCGGAAAAAGUUUAGCAGUCAAAAACAAUAUGAGAAUCAUCUGGCCUCAAAGACUCAUAAAAAUAAGCUGGAGCAAAAUGAUAAAAAUAUACUCGACGAGACUCGUCUUUCCAAAUCAAUGAGCAUCGAGAAUAUGUCUACUGAAAACGAAAAAGAGAUUGAAACAGAUUCUGAGGUGGAAUCUUUGGAUUCAGAUGAGUGGCUUGAGGACUCAAAGUAUCAUAUUUAUGAAAAUAAUUGUCUGUUUUGUGACUGCCAUGCCAGUUCCAUAACGUGCAUCAUGAGACACAUGACAAAUAAGCAUUCAUUUUUUGUACCUGAUCUUGAGUACUGCGUGGACUUAGCUGGAUUGUUAGAGUACUUGGAACAGAAAAUAUGUACCGAAUUCAAGUGCAUUUGGUGCAACGAUUCAGGAAGAAAAAUGCGAAGCGCGAACGCAGUGAAGAUGCAUAUGAUCGACAAGGGCCACUGUAAGAUGUUAUUUGAAGGAGAGACGAUGCUUGAAUAUUCGUCUUUCUAUGAUUACUCAUCAAGUUAUCCAGUUGACGAAAAUGGUGAUUCGGUUGUCGAUGAAGAGUUACCAGUAAUACCACCAGAGAUUUUAGAUGACGGAUCUUACACAAUGAUGUUACCAUCCGGCAAAAUGAUCGUUCAUCGUGAUUUGGCGUUUUACUAUAAACAAAAUUUACCUGUAGAUCACAAAGUGACAAUAAAAGGUUUUAAUCAUUGGCUGAAGAAACGGCUGUUUAAGGAAAUAUCGCUUGGUGACGAGAAAGAAAAACUCGAAGCCAACCGGCUGGCAGUACGAGACACUCGAAAUUUCCAGCGAAUUCAAGCGAAGUACUCAACACAGUUGCAGGUUAAACAAAACAAAUUGCAGCAGCAUUUCAGACAGCAAACAAAAUUUUAACUGUAUCAAAUGAUUAUAUUUUUUUAUGUAUUAUUCUUAAAAAAAAUUAUAUAAAUUAUAAAAGAAUACAAUGCAUUGCGUAUUA